GAGGGUUGUUUAAGGGGGAGGAGUUUCUGUCUCUGGCGUAAUUAACUGCAGCUCUACAUGUUAUUAAGAUUAUUCAAUAAACAGGCCUCUAGACCAACAUGAGCUGAAGAAAACAGGUUCGGCUGGAGAAAACUAUGGAAAGUAAACAGUAACCUAUAUGUGUUUUAAAUUCUGGGGGGGAAAAAACUGACAUCACGUCUGUUAAGACCUCUGCUCCACCUUCAGAAAACAACGCCUACUGACACGCUUAUACAAGACUUUUAUGGAACACACAUCUCGACUCGUUUGACGAUCAACACCGAGCGGGUUAUCAGCUGUGCAACGUGUAAAGUUUUAGUUUUGCAGCAGUUUGAUUAUGCUGGCAAUGAGCCUACACGGGCCAAUGAACAUAUUGGGAGCAGCACUGUUGGUUCUGCUGGCAGGCUGUCAACAAUGUGUCUCAGCUGACAGUGACACUUUGGCUCCACCAGAGGUCUUGCAGCACAAUGGCACUCUGUAUGCAGCCUGCAAAAUGAGACCCAGCACCUCACUACCUGAGGGUCUGCCCAAAGUGUACGGUCAGGUGCUGUUUAAGCAGGAUUAUCCUCAGGGAAAACUCAAAGUCCUUCUUCGGUUCAGUGGUUUCCCCAGAGAGGGUGAUCCAGAGCCCAGAGCGGUUCACAUCCAUCAGUACGGAGACCUGAGCCAGGGGUGUGACUCCACUGGUGGCCACUAUAAUCCACAUGGUGUACAUCACCCCAACCACCCUGGAGACUUUGGUAAUUUUGAGCCCCAGCAAGGAAAAAUCAAUACGGAAAUAGAAUCUGAGGCAACACUGUUUGGAAGGAUGUCUGUGAUCGGAAGAGCAUUGGUGGUCCACGAAAAGAUAGAUGACUUGGGGCGUGGUGGAGACGCCGGGAGCCUGCUGCAUGGAAACGCAGGCCGGAGGCUUGGCUGCUGCAUUAUUGGGAUUUCCUCCCCCAAUCUCUGGAAUAGGCACAAUAAGCUGUAUAAUAGUCGGCUGAGGAACAGAAAUUAAUCUUACAGUAGUGUCAUAUACUGCAGGUCAGCUUACAGAUUUAGCCUUUGUAUCCAUUGCAUUCCUUGACCAAUACAAAGAAAAAUCAAUGACUCAAUCAAAUCCCCAUUCUCCAAACACUCUGGUCUAGGCCAACUUCAACUACGAGUUUUCUCUUAGUUACUAAGAAUAAAAUACAAUAAUUCAGAUGUUACAUAUUUAUUUAGCCACGCUAUAGAGGUGCGGUUGGUUGGUCAGUCCACCACUUUGGUCCAGACUAAAUAUCUCAACAACUUUUGGAUUGAUUCCCAUGAAAUUUGCUACAGACAUCCAUGCUUCCUAGAGAAUGAAUCCUGACUUUGGUGAUCCUCUGACUAUUUGUCCAAUACUUUAUUUUAUAACCAAAUACUCGCAAAAAUGAUAUUCCCAUCAGCCUCAGCUGAACUUUGUUUAGUGCUAAUUAGCAAAUGUUAGCAUGCCAACAUGCUAAACUAAGAUGGUGAACAGGGUAAACAUUACACCAUGUUACCAUUACCAUUUGCGAACAGCGAAUGCUGUUAGCAUUUAGCUUAAAGAAACUGCAUUACAUAGUUUUAAGCUUUACCUUCAGGGCAACAUGUCACAAUAUAUCAAAUCUUGAUGGACAUCUUGUUUUGGAUUCUAUUCUUGAAACAGUUUUCCCAGUCACAAAAAACAGUAGUUUAAAAUUAUUUAUUUUGCAGAAAUAAAUCCAUUUUGUCCACAUUUUUGUACACAUUCAACACAUAUGGCUCUAUGUAAUUUCUAUCUGGUGAGUUAAUAAUAUUUUUCACCACGAAAACACAAUCAGGACAUCAGUACUGAUAAUCUAGAUGAAGUGACUUUGUUGUGUUAUAGACUAAUAAAUACUGUAAAUGUAUUCUUAACUAAGAUCUGUUUGUUCAACGUCAACUGACAAAUUGUUGUAAAUCAUCAAAUAUUUGUUUUGAAGACAUCUGUCAAGGAAUGAAAUAAAAGCAUGGAUUAAAAAAGAAAAUGCAA